AGAAAAAGGUAGAGGAGAUCCAAAGUGGGUAGUAUGUUUUGGGAUUAUCCUCACAUGGGUUGGAAAUGAAAUGAGAUCCAAAGUGGGUAGUAUGUUUUGGGACACAUCAUCUGCAAAAUCUCUUCUCUCUCCCCAUUAAAUUAUUAUUCUUGAAUAAUACUCAGUCUUCAGGUGCAGAGAAUUCAAACCAUCCCCAACACAUUAUUUCCUCAGCUCCCAUCUUAAAACAACCUUAUUUCCAUUCCCUUUCACAUUCGGAAGAAUCUAGCCAGCCCGCAUUAAACUAUUCCCCAACAUUAAAAAGACAAGAUUUUGGACUCAUCCCAUUAUUCUACAAUAAUCAGUUUUCCAUAAAAGAAGUUUCCAGACGAAAAGGCAAGAGCUUGAACUCAAUUAAAGGGUUUUGAUCCACAUUUGGGCUAAAUUUAGAGGCAUGAGAAGGAAUUCAGGGCCGCCUUUUAGGAACUCGGGUGCCUUCACUAGCCCGGGGACACCAGAGUACGGCGAUCAUUUUCCAAAGACGUGGAGCUCUGAGCGGGUGCCAUUGCCUGCGAGCAGCGGUAGGAGGCAUGUCUCUGCGUCCGCGUUGAUGCCCUUCAAUAGUGGGAGGACGGUGCCUUCGAAAUGGGAUGAUGCUGAGAGAUGGAUCACCAGCCCGAUUUCAGGCUUUGGCGCGUUCAACGCUGUGGCUGCUCAGAGACGCCCCAAGUCCAAGAGUGGCCCUCUGGGGCCAACCCCAACGGGCCUUGUGUACUUCCCCAACUACUCCCCGAUCAUGCAUGUGCACGAAGGCAGGACAGUGAGGAAUUUCAUGGCAAAUUCACCUCUUACUACGGGUGUCUUGGUCCCCGAGGGUUUAUCUGUUCAUUAUGAGUCUGAAAUUGACGCAAGGUCUCGUUCCUUGUAUGCUGAAGACGACAGGAGACGUGGUGCUAGUAUGAUUGGCCUGUCUGAUAUGCUUAGCGAGAUUUCUGAGCCUAGCUCUCAAGACGACAAAGUGGGCGACAAGGAGGAAGAAGCCCUGGUUUCACGCCGCGACAUGGCUACUCAAAUGAGCCCUGAUGGAAGCACCCGUUCAUCAUCCAAAGCAAGGCUAUCGUUUUCCACUCGUUCCUCAGUUCCUAUGCUAGAGCGCCUGCACGCAGGGAAAGAUGAUAUCAGAGAUGUCCAGGUAGACAACACUUGUACUGGACCGAGGAAGCAAGAGGUCGAAGAGAUGGACUCACCUACGACCUGGGAUGUCACCGAGUCAUCAAAAAACAUGUCCAAGUUCGAGAGAGAGGAAGCGAAGAUUUGUGCGUGGGAGAAGUUGCAAAAGGCGAAAGCUGAGGCUGCAAUGAGGAAACUGGAGGUGAAACUGGAGAAGAAGAGGUCAGGUUCGAUGGAGAAGAUAACGAAGAAGCUAAGGGAGGCGCAGACGAAGGCUGAAGCCAUGAGAAGCACUUUGUCAGGGCAAGCAGCGCCUCCAACGCGGAUGUCGUGCUCUCUGUAUUUCAAGCUUUGCUCUAUUUGUAGCUGCUUCAUAUGCACCAAGAGAUAAUUGGGGAUGAUGGUGUUCUUGAUCAAAUCAUCAUAGGUCACAGAAAUAUGGAGUAGUGAAAAAAGGGAGAGAAUAAAAAAUAAAGUAUGUUGAUAGUGAAAUGUGGGAUUGAAUAUAAUCGGCAUGAUUGAAGAAAUGACUUGAAUAUAAAUGGCAUGAUUUCUAAAAUAGAACAUGAGGGUGAUAUAAAAAUGUUUUAGAGUAUCAUCAAAUUCUAAGCUCUCAUUUCAUCUAACCCUUCAUUCUUGGCAAUUAAUGAAUAAGCUGUUGUACAAUCACUGUAAUUUGUUAUGAACUAAACAAUGCAAAUGGUGAGAGGUAAGUAGGCAUUUGCUCCUUUAUCAUCA